GUAUAUAAACUGCCAACAUAAAAAUAUUUAGGUGGUGUACAAUAAAAUCAUGGAAAUGUCAUGAAAUUAUAAAAUACAGAACAAAUAAAUAGCCCAGAUUCAAAUUAAUUCUCUAAAAACACGUUUUCAGCAGGCAAUAAAAUAUUAGAAUUGGGGGUGCCUGAUUUCAGUAGGGUGUUCCAAAUGAUUGGUUCCACUGUGCUAAAAGCCUUGGUUUGCAUAGAACCAAGCAAAUAUGAGGUAACUGAGACAGUCAGGAGGGCUUCUCCAGAGGAUUGCAGUGGUGUGGCCAGCGUACAGAGUUAUACGGGUAACAGAUGAGUCCUUGCUCCCAAAGAGUCUAUGAUAAAGAUAGCAGAGAAACAACACAGGAAAGGACAAACCAGGGCAAGGAGGGAAGUAAAUGGGCAAAUACCAUUAAACAUAUUAGGUUACAGAGGAGAAUGAAGAAUAUAAGGCAGUGGCCACAUGGAAAAGGUUCCCAAUGGCCUUGUUGAGAGUGUGUUUUCACUGAAAUGCCCAGGGGUGCCACCCAUUCAGAGCUGCCAAAAUGGCCCGGCUGGACUGACUGUGCAGUUAGAGAGACCUGCCGUCUUUGAGCAGGUCCUGAAAGCCAUUCCUGUGUACACGAAAUCUCCCCAGACAGCCCAAGGGCACAGCUUCCUCCUGAACUGUGUCCCGCUGCAGGGGCACAAGAGCCUGAACUCACUGAGUUUGAGUCACCUGAGAGCCAUCCUGGUCACCGACCACCUGGCGGGCAUUCUCCGAGCUCAAGGGAUGGAUGUGCAUCUGGUCCCAGCUUUGGUUGAUGAGGAAAUCCGUAGGUUCCUACAACAGCUACGAGUUGAGUGGCCUUUGGAUCCAGAAACUUCCCGCAGUCCUGAGGAUAUUUUAGCCAUGAAGGAAGCCCUUCACCAGUGUCCUCAUGCCAUAUUUGACCAGUUGGAGCAGAGUGGAGUUGUGUGUAAACUGCACUUGAAAGGGUUCCUUGAGAAGCAGCAGGAAGAUGUGCAGGGCUAUGACCCUAACCUGGAUGUCUUUCUUGUGACAGAGGAGAAGCUGCACCACAUGGCUGAGCUACAACGUGCGGCCCUGCAGUGCACAGUGGUUGCAUCAGGGAAAUGCUGUAGUAUCGUGCAUGUAGUGAGCCAUGAGGAGGCAUUCCAGCAGCAGCAGAUGGACUUAUUAUGGAGGCUGUUAGCCCCGCAAGUGGUCACAGUUUUACAGAAACACCUUGUCUGUGGGUCCGUGAAAGUCACCCACUGUGCCUCUCCCAUGGGUGCUCUUCAGUAUCUCCAGCUGCGGAACUCCCAGAUGUAUGAGGCUUCAGUGCUGAAGUAUGGAGACCUCUCUCAGGAUGACACCUGGACUGAAACAGUUAGUGUCUUGACUUCGGCUGCCAUCCGAUUUGAAAUGCUGAGCACGACCCAUCGGAACCAGGUUGUCCUGGAUGUGGAGGAGACCAGCAUCUCUACCAAAGGGACCAAAAGCGGAGCCUUUGUGAUGUACAACUGUGCUCGGCUGGCCACCCUCUUUGAAAUGUAUCAGCGGGCAGUAGAGCAAGGUCUAUACCCAGCCUUUCCCCUUCCUUCAGAGCUGAACUACUCCUCUCUCGGGGAAGAGGGUGAAUGGCUUUUGCUGUUCAAUGGUAUCCUGCCUUUCCAAGAGGUCCUGAGUCAAGUGAUGCAGGUCCCCAUCUCCAGCGGUGGGCUCAGAAUUGCAGCCAGCACUGAGGCGAUUUGCAAGUUCCUGAUCCAGCUGAGUAUGGAUUUCAGUUCUUACUACAACCGGGUGCACAUCCUGGGGGAGCCACGUCCUCACUUAUUCAGCCAGAUGUUUGCCAGGUUGCAGCUGAUGAAAGCAGUGAGAGAAGUAUUCCACAGUGCCCUAGCUACUCUCCACUUGCCUCCUCUUAGCCAGAUCUGAGCAAGUCAGACCUGCACCUUCUGGUGUUCACAGACAACCUGCAUCAGCCUUCCUACGGGCCAGUUCUGUUGUGAAGAGACAUGGACAGCACAUUCAUGUGGUUGAGAAUGGAGACAGUAUGUGUAGUACAGUUGUUGGUAGAGUGUCAUCCAUCAGAGCUCAACCUUGCAGGAUAUAAUUAAUGGUUUUGGACUUGAAAUGAAGUGCCUUUAUCACAAUGCUGGAGAGAAGAGUUAAGAUGAGGGCAACAGACUUCUACAUUCCUGACUGUGAUGGGCCUGCUGAAAUUCUUUGCACCCAAAGUUGUGAAAUUCCAGUUAGAAAUGUAUAGGAUAAAAACUCUUCCUGGGAGAAGGGUGAGCAUGCAAAUAAAUCACUGUAGUGAUUGUAUUGCUUCUAUCCCUCCCAUUUGCUCACAGUGGGUCUAAGUACAGCAAAAAUGGUUAUUUGAGUAAGCUAAAAGAAAGCACAGAUGAUGGAUACAAUUGGUGGGGUUGACUGGUUUUUUAUUCUGUUCUAAACUAGGUGACAUCAUCUAGGCCAUGUCCUUACCCACUUACAGAGAAUUUUUGACAGCAGUAGUGGAAAAAAAAGUUUGUAAAUGAAGUAACACAGGAGCACAUACACGUGUCUGAUUGCAGUUCAUGGGGAUGGUAAGACAUUGCCUGUAGUAGGGAGAGCUUGUUCGUUACGGUUAUUGAACAGACUUGUGCCUGAACCUCACAGGGUGGGCAGAGGCUUAGGGUUGCAAUGUCAGUUUACUGGAUUAGACAAGACAAGGGAGGGAAAGAGAACUGAGCACUGACAAACUGUUCAAGAAGAGAGGCAAACUGAGGCAAUGGUGUGUGUGUGUAACUUCUGUUUGCCCUGCUAUGCACAACAAGAGGACAUUUUUCACCCACAGUCCUAAGAAAUUUAGCAUGUGUGAGCUAUGAUGAAAGUUGGCGAUUCUAGCUAUUGCACCUGGCUGCUGUUCCUUUCCAUCUGCUCCCAGAAGGUAGACUUGCAAGUGCGGCUGUUUCAGCCGGAGGCAGAGGAGUUGCUGGCGCUGUACCCAGUACUGGUGCCUCUGCUGUGGAGGCAGCUCAAAGGAUGAGAAAGUGACAUUGCGGCUGAAGUGGAGGUUGGUGGUGCUGUGCCCGGGGGCAGCUUCAUCCCCUGCCACUUCCUCCUGAAGAGCCUUCUGCCUCACCUUCCUCGGAGUAGCAGGGGCGUCCGCCUGCUCCCCUUCAGCAGCUGGGCCUCCUCCCCAAGGCCUGGGAAGAAGCUGCAGGAGCCGGGAGUGCCUGCUGCUGAGAGAGGGACACUGUGCAAGGAGGACACCAGAGGCAUGGAAGGAGGCCUCUGAGUGAGAGGGGCCAGUCCCGGGUGUCGUGUCAGGAUUGCCCAUAGGGGCUGCGUUGGCAUGGGAGAAGCAGGCGGGGAGGACGGGCGGCUUCUGGCCUGGUUUCUCUGAGGCAGGAGAAAGGGGAGCAGUGGAAGCGUUUGGGAGGCACCGGCCAGGACAUGAGCAAGGAAGCUCAGGCACUGGCCUCAAGUUGGGUUGGGUUGCAUUGCUGCAGUGAAAGUGUUGCUCCACCCCACGUUUUUAUUUCUAUUUUAGGCCCUUCCCCUCUCGGAGAAAUGUCUGGCCAGGUGGCAGCACCUGCCUUAGUGAUUUUAUUCACGGGGAUAAGUGCAGCCAAGUGAGUGGCUCCACCCUUUAUAGCGUUUGGGAGGGGGUUGGGAGUGUCUAAUUUGAGGUCACUGUGAUGCAUUUCAACUUAAGCCAUUGAUGUGCAUUGUCAGGUUCUGGAGGCAUUUCUUGGGUGCAUUUGAAGCUACACACACCCUCGACCCCUCUGACAGCAAUGGCCUUUGUGAUUUGGGCUACAGUAUAUGCUAUUCCCUGAUCCAUUUACUAGGACCACUAUGCAGGUUUGGAAGUGGGGGCAGAGUUUGCUUUCACCUGGGGAGUCUCCGCUUACCCCAUUUUUAGAACACUUUUUUUUAAAAUCCUGAUAAGCAAGCUGAGUUGAGAGGAUGGGAGGAAAGAGGGAUUUAUCAGGUUAGAGAUUUGUUUGAAAGGGGCUGCCCAUAAUAGAAGCGUCACUCCACCUCAAACUUUGUGGGCUGCAGGUUAAGUGGUUUCAUCUUGCUCAGAUUCAGUUUUUCACAACAAAGGUGGCGGGGCAAGGGACCUCCCUGCACUCACAUCUUUUGAACACCUCCGCAUUAAUUCUGACUGUAAUCUGAAUGGUACAGCAGCUGAUACUUACAAAAUUCUAAUUGAUAUGAUCAUGGGAUGGUCUACUGGUUUAAAACGGGCCUGGAAGGGGGAUUUAAAUUCUACAGUAGAUGCUGCUGCCUGGGAAUAGGCAUGGUCUCCCCCCGCCGCCUUAAGAUGAUCUUGGCAAAAACACAAGACAACUCCUUAAAAGUAUUUGCUUCCUCUGGCCUCCGCUGGGGAGAAAGGGGCAAGCUGAUCCUUAUGUGGUGGGGCUGCUGGAAAUGAUGCCCCUUCUGGAACUGGGUGUUUACCUUAGUCUCCAAUAUUACUUCCCAGUGUCUGAAGCCAGACCCCCUCCGAUCACUGUUGUCACGAAAGGGUACCGUUAACCCAUCCAUUCACCAUAAAAAAAAAUAGUGUUGCUAUUAAUGGCAGUGGCUCGGAUAGAGGUUGCCAGCAAAUGGAAAUUGGAGGGUGGCCCAGACAAAGAUAGUUGGUGGACAUGGGUGGGGGAGACGAUGUAGUCAGAACAUCUGAUGUAUCACAGAAGGGUAGUACCUGCAAUAGCGAGACAGGAUAAAUUGAUGUGGUGUGGUUCCCAUAUAUGAAUUUUGUGACUAAUAAUAGACCUCUGUAUGGGACUCCCAAAGACUCGCACGGCACUGUGGAGGGGCUAUCUUAUGUAAACUAUUACUGUCUAGAUUUUUGUGUUUGCUCUUAAGUGAAUUCAUACAUGUGGCUGGUGUUUGUGUUUUGUCCUUUAUUCCUUUUUUAAAAAAAACUCAAUAAAUUGUUUUUUUUGGGGGAAAAAGAGUGAAUAUUCAUCAAACAGACACUCUACUAAGUAAGUCAAUAGCUGUCAUGGCUAUUCUGGGUCGGCAGGCAAGACUCCAUCAUGUGACAACAGGAAACCCUUCUCUGCCAUGGGAGGAGGGAACUUAAGUUCUAUUGGUUCUGGUCACAGCAGGCAAUCAUAUGAUCAGCUAUUUCCCCAUGAGAAUCCAUGUGAAUGGGAUGCAUCACACCGUUGUGGAGGUUGGCCUUGAGGAACAAUCCAGUGUGGCUAAAAGGCAAGCCAGAUCGAGCCUCCAUAGGGAAUGGGCCCAUAUAGACAGAGAACAUGCUUUACGUACAGAAGUUCAAUCCCUGACAUCUCCAGACCCUGGAGAGCCACUGCCAGCAAGGAUAGCUACUACCAGGGCAGCUGCACAAACAGUCUGAUGAGGUAUAAGGCAGCUUCCUAUAUUUCUCCUCAGUAAUCAGAAGCUAGAAUCGAGGACAUUCGUAAGUAAAAGGAGUUUCAGUCAUUUGACCAGUGGAAACAGUGGGACUGGCAUCAGGUGAGCAUGAUUGUUGUCACAUUCAACACCACGGACCCAGGCACUCUGCUAAAGUGGGGUAUAACUGCUCUCAAACAACGUAGCUGUAGGUGAAGAAGAACAGACAAGUGAUGUGAUGAUCAGGGUAGUAUCUGUAUGGCUACCGUGGAAGCGGUUUCUCCCAGAAGAGAGGGGACAAAGUAUUCUUACGGUCUUUGCUGCUUUCACAUAGCAACAUAGGAAGCUGCCUUAAUACCGAUUCAGACCAUUGGUCCAUCUAGUUCAGUACUGUCUGCGCUGACUAGCAGCAGCUCUCCAGUAUUUCAGGCAAGGAAUCUUUCCCAGCUUGACUUGGAGAUGCUGGGGAUUGAACCUGGGACCUUCUGCAUGCAAAGCAGAUGCUCUACCACUGCACUACAGUCACACGAUGGUGCUGUGUGUCCCCAACAGUCAUUCCUACUUUUGCAACCCAACAGAACAAACAGUUCACACUCCUUCAUACACAAUCUUUUACUGCUGCACCAGGCACAUCCGGAUUGCAACAGAUGAUCUCCAGGCCCUGCCCACAAAUCACGUUGCGAAAGUUGUGUGGCCCAGCUUCCCAACACUCCAGCGCAGCCACAUCAGCCACGUGGCAGAAUUUGCUGCACACAAAAGACAAGCUGUCCUCACAAAGGUGCCAAAGUGUCAAACGCUGGUCCACAGAAGCCGAGAGGAGGAAGUCUGGCUGUAAGAGUCUUAUUCCCGUCACAUGAGCCGCAUGAGCACAAAGUCUGGAAACCUUUCUCAGAACACGGAUACCAGUCCUAUCACUGGCUCCUUGAUCAGUGGUGCUUUCAGCAUUCACAUCGAUAACACUAAGAGAGAUGGAACCAUCAUCACUGCCACUGGCUACGAGGAAAUACCCGUCCGCUGUUUCCUGGAUAUGGAGGCUAUUCACACCACAGCUGUGAGCUUGGAUGGUCAGGACUGGGGCUUCCAGGGCUGGAAAACACAAGAGGCAAGGGAAUUGUACAAAGCUAGAAGAGAACACAAUGCUGACAACAGCCCUCAAGUGACACUCUUGGAAGAGAAGGUAUGUGUAAGAGGAUCACAAACAACUAGGGAGCAUUAACGGAGCACAAGCAGGACAGUCAACACAACCACCUACCCAGAAGCUUCAUCUCCAUGCUUUCCACCUUUGCAGCCUCUACAGCAUGCUUAAGGGUAGCGGUGAUAUCCCAAAAUGCAAUGCUCCCAUCAGUGGCAGCGCUGCUCAAGAAGUGUCUUCUAGAAAAGAAAAAUGCAUUGGUAAAAUUAGCUUUCUAGGGCCUGGUAACUGUGAGCCUAUAGUACUCCUGGGAGAUGCACCUUAAGUACACCAGGGAGAUUUAUUUGAUUCAUUCUCACCUUCCUCCACCACCUGUCUUGCAUUCAAAUGCCUGAACCUUCAGGACACAGCGCUGAUGGUGAAAGGACUCUGCCACUAGCCACAGCUUCUGGGUAUGCUCAAGCAGCAGGAAGAGUCUGCAUAGACAUGAAAGCAGAUAGUCAGUCCAAGGAAAGGAAUCUCUGGAGCGAAAAAGGGUACAAGUGUCACAUUCUCUAUAUGGGCCCUCUUCACAUGAACACAGGAAACUGCCUUAUAGAGUCAGAUCAUUGGUCCAUCUAGCUCAGUAUUGUCUAUAGCUCCAGGGUUUCCAACGGGUCUCUCCCAGUCCAACCUGGAGAUGCCAGGGGCUGAAACUGGGGCCUUCUGCAUGCAAAGCAGACACUAUAUUUUAUUAUUAUUAUUAGAUUUGAAGGCCUCCAAGUGGCUUACAACACUGUUAAAAACGGAAAUGAUAUUACACCAUACAACAAAAGAAAACACACACAACCAUACCCCAACUCCCCUCUGCCGCUGAACUAUGGUCCUUUACAGCUACAUUCUGUCUCCCUGCUGUUCAUGUUCCCUUCUCCAGUUUGGAGAAAGUGCUGCACUGGGAGACAUAGAAGCAAUUACUCCACAUUCUGCUCCUUUCGCUGGAUUUUUGGGAGGUGGGAAAGCCCAUUCCAACUGUCCGGAUUCCUAAUAGGGAGAAUCGAAUGAUCUUCCUUACCGGACAGAUCCAUCACUGCAAGCAGCAGCUAGGAAAAGUGAGGGACCAGCCAGCACCGUAAUUGACAUAUACCUGGAACACAGAAAAAGUCAGUCACCUUCUCUGGGGCUCUCCAUCCAAAGGCAGCUCCCAUACCCAGAGCAAUGAAAAGGUUAUCUACACACAAGCUGGAAAGUGGCAAGUUACUGCUAUACAGUGGUGCCUGCUAUAGAUUCAGCGGCAAUCAUCCCUAUUCUCUAGAGCAGCCUUUCCCAACCAGUGUGCCUCUAGAUGUUGGUGGACCACAACUCCCAUCAGCCUCAGCCAGCAUUACCAAUGGACAGGAAAGAUGGGAAUUGUGGUCCAACAACAUCUGGAGGCACACUGGUUGGGAAAGGCUGCUCUAUAGGCUUAUUUGCAAUCACAGUACAGCACAAUGGGGAGACCAUUCUGAAACCAGUGUAAGUCAAGCCAAUGGCCCUUGUUUUUUGCUGCCAUUUUUGCUUUGAUUUAAUGUUUAUAUUGUUUUAUUCUGCUGCUUUUGUUCUUACCUCCUGCUGCUGCUAUAAUACUGGUAGAUGUGUUAGUAUAUUUUAGAUUAUCAUAUUAUGAUUUUAUUGUUUGUGAUAUGUUAUGAAUUGUGUUUUAAUAUGUUCUGAGUUGCCUGGGGAGAGAUAACUUUGA